CAUUAUGGGGGUCCUAUGGGGGGGCUUCAUCCCCCCCCCCCCCUUUCCAGACACGCCUGCGUCCCCGUGGACUUUGAGGAGGUGAAGGUGGGCGCUGAGGCCCCUGAGGACGACGUGCACAACGCCAUCAUGGCCAUACGGCGCAAUGGGGUCGCGCUCAAAGGCACCACGGGGGCUGGUGUCCCCUAAUGGGGUCUGUCCUCGCUAUGGGUCAGGACCAGCCUGGACCUUUACGCCAACGUGAUCCAUUGCCGCAGUCUGCCCGGGGUGGAGACGCGGCACCGCGACAUCGACAUCCUCAUUGUCAGGGAGAACACGGAGGGGGAGUACAGCAGCCUGGAGCAUGAGAGCGUGUCUGGGGUCGUUGAGAGCCUGAAGAUCAUCACCGCGGGCCGCUCGCGGCGCAUCGCGCAUUACGCCUUCAGGCUGGCACGGAGCGCGGGCAGACGGCGCGUCACCGCCGUGCACAAGGCCAACAUCAUGAAGCUGGGGGACGGGCUGUUCCUGCAGUGCUGCCAGGAGGUGGCGGCCGAGUACCCGGAGAUCAGCUUCAACAGCAUGAUCGUGGACAACACCACCAUGCAGAGGUGGCCUGGGGUGUUGAGGAGCCCUGAAGAUCAUGGCGAGCGCGGCGGGGCCGGCUCGCGGGCGCAGAUCGCGCGCUGGUGUCCGCCCGCAGCAGUUUUCGAUGUGAUGGUGAUGCCCAACUUAUAUGGGAACAUUGUGAACAACGUGUGUGCGGGGCUGGUGGGCGGCCCCGGCCUCGUCCCAGGGGCCAACUAUGGGAUGGACUACGCCGUGUUUGAGACCGCCACACGGAACAACGGAAAGAGCAUCGCCAACAGGAACAUCGCCAACCGCCCCACAGCGGCGCUGCUGGCGGCCUGUAUGAUGCCUGGACCACUCCGGCUGCACACUCACGCAUCGUCCAUCCGCCAGGCCGUCCUCUCCUCAUUGGACGACCCCAGGACACACACCCCGGAUAUCGGAGGGCAGGGAACCACGUCCGGCGCCGUGCAGAGCAUCAUCAGCCACCUGCAGUAACGCCUUAUAUGGGCAUUAAUGCCUUAUAUGGGCAAUAACGCCUUAUAUGGGCAUUAAUGCCUUAUAUGGGCAGUAACCCUUAUAUGGGCAAUAACCCCUUAUAUGGGCAAUAACCCUUAUAUGGGCGUGGGGGCGGGGCCAGACAACAACUACACUCCUAAUAUGGAAAUGGGGGUGGGGCUUCAGCAGCAACAUGCCCUAAUAUGGGCAUGUGGGCGGGGCUAGACCUCCCACGCACCUUAUAUGGGCAUGUAGGCGGAGCCAGCUUCACCAGCCCCCGCCCCCAUGCAUCAUAUGGGCAUGUGGGCGGAGCCAACAUCAUCAGCCCCUCCCAUUUGCCUAAUAUGGGCGUGUGGGCGGGGCUUCAUCAGCCACCUGCCCUAAUAUGGAAAUGUGGGCGGAGCAUCGCCAGCUACCUGCCCUAAUAUGGGCAUGUGGGCAGGACUUCAGCCACAUGCCCUAAUAUGUUUAUGUGGGCGGAGCCAGCACCACCAGCCCCUCCCAUGUGCCUAAUAUGGGCAUGUGGGCGGAGCCAACCAACUUAUACUACCAAAUAUGGGCAUGUGGGCAGAGCCAAUGUAAUCAGCCUCCUCCCACAUGCCUAAUAUGGGCAUGUGGGCGGGGCUUCAACCACAUGCCCUAAUAUGGGCAUGUGGGCGGAGCCAACCAACUCCUAGUACCAAAUAUGGGCAUGUAGGCGGAGCCAAUGUAAUCAGCCUCCUCUCACACACCUAAUAUGGGCGUGUGGGCGGGGCUUCACCAGCCACCUGCCCUAAUAUGGAAAUGUGGGUGGGGCCAGCUUCACCAUCCCCCUCCCCCAUGCCUUAUAAGGGCAUGUGGGCGGGGCCAGCACCACCAGCCCCUCCCAUUUGCCCAAUAUGGGCAUGUGGGUGGGGCCUGCACUAUCGGCCUCCUCCCACACACCUUAUAUGGGCAUGUGGGCAGAGCUGACGCCAUCAUCCCCCUCCCAUGUGCCUAAUAUGGGCAUGUGGGCGGAGCCAACCAACUCCUAGUACCAAAUAUGGGCACGUGGGCGGAGCCAAUGUAUUCAGCCUCCUCCCACACACCUAAUAUGGGCAUGUGGGCGGAGCUGACAUCAUCCCCCUCCCAUGUGCCUAAUAUGGGCAUGUGGGCGGAGCCAAACACCUGCCUAGCUCCUAAUAUGGUCACGUGGGCGUGGCUUAACCACAAGUGGGCGUGGCUAAUGCAUGUGUAGCCCCGCCCCCCUAAUAAAAGCACCGUGUCCACCCCGUGUGGCACUCACUCCUUUAA